CUGUGGCCAAGUCUUCCUGCCUUGAUGGAUUAUACACUUGAGCCCAAUGUGACAAUAACUGACUACUACUAUCCUGAUAUCAUCUCAAGCCCCUGUGAUGGGGAACUUACCCAAAGAGAUAGCAAGUUGCUUCUUGCCAUCUUUUACUGCCUCCUGUUUGUAUUUGGUCUUCUGGGAAACAGCCUGGUCAUCCUGGUCCUUGUCACCUGCAAGAAGCUGAGGAGCAUCACAGACAUAUACCUCUUGAACUUGGCCCUGUCUGACUUGCUUUUUGUCUUCUCCUUCCCCUUUCAGACCCACUAUCAGCUGGACCAGUGGGUGUUUGGGACUGUAAUGUGCAAGGUGGUCUCUGGCUUUUAUUACAUUGGCUUCUUUAGCAGCAUGUUCUUUGUCACCCUCAUGAGUGUGGACAGGUACCUGGCAGUUGUCCGUGCUGUAUACGCCAUGAAAGUGAGGACGACCAGAAUGGGCAUAGCCCUGAGUCUGGCAAUGUGGCUGAUUGCCUUUGUGGCCACCAGCCCGUUACUAGUAUUUUACCAAGAGGCCUCUGAUGGGGUUCUACAGUGUUAUUUGUAUUACAAUCAAGAGACGCUGAAGUGGAAGAUCUUCAUCCACUUUGAAAUGAAUAUCUUAGGCCUGUUGAUCCCAUUCACCAUCCUUAUGUUCUGCUACAUUAGCAUCCUGCACCAGCUGAAGAGUUGCCAGAGCCACAACAAGACCAAGGCCAUCAAGCUCGUGCUCGUUGUGGUGGUUGUCUCUUUACUCUUCUGGGUCCCGUUCAAUGUAGUACUUUUCCUUACUUCCCUGCACAACAUGCACAUCUUGGAUGGAUGCGUCAUGAGCCAGCGGUUGAUCUAUGCCACCCAUGUCACAGAAACCAUUUCCUUCACCCACUGCUGUGUGAACCCUAUUAUCUAUGCGUUCAUGGGUGAGAAGUUCAAGAAACACCUCUCAGAAAUAUUUCAGAAAAGUUGCAGCCACAUCUUCCUCUACAUAAGGAGACAAAUCUCUAGGGAGACCUGGGAAAGGUCAUCCUCCUAUCAGCACCCCUCCCAUUCCUCCAGUAUAGACUACAUUUUGUGAGGCAGGUGCCUUAGAGCAGCCCUCUGCCUCCAUCACCCGUCUUCUUUCAGGAGACAAAAAUGAUUCACACUGGCGUCUGAGACUACGUGAAGGGAGACUCUUAGAAAUUUGGCUACAGACACAAGACUUAUUUCAUGAUAUUCAAGGAAUUCCUACUAUUGCAAAUUAAUCUUCUCAACUUUCAAAAACUUUGCUACUAUUUUCUGAAAAGAGUCUAUAUAUUUCACUAUGAAUUGUAAUGUUAGCUCUAGGGAUUUUUUUCCCCUUGGUUUUUGGAUUAUCUUUAUCAAAUACCAACUUAAAUUUUAUCAAAUGCUUUUUCCUUAUCUACUGAAGUGAUCAUGUAGUUUUCCUCCAUUAUUCUGUUAAUUUGGUGAACUAUAUUGAUUGAUUUUCUUAUUUUAAAUCAACCUGUAUUUUCCCUGGAAAAAAUGACCUCAUGGUUAUGAUCAUUUUAAUAAAUAAUUGGAUUCUCUUGGGAUUUUCGUAUCUGUGUUCAUGAGAGAUCUUGUCUUGUAAUUU